GGGGAUGGGCGUCUCAUUUUGUCUUCUUUUCCUACGCAUUGAGCCGAUAGGGAAGAGGCGGCGGAGGAAGAGGAAAGGGGAGCGAGAAGGGCAACUCCUUGUUUCCUUGCCCCCAUUCCACCGCUUUGACCGAGUGGGAUUCGCCUUAUCUUGAUCCAUCCCCGACCAAUUUAGUCGCUCCCCUAAACCAUCCCCCACUUCCCCUCCUUUCCCUCCAUUCGAUGCUCCCAUCCGCGCGCUCCGUCGCUUUCUUCGCCGUGCUCCUGCUAGGGUUGCUCGUCUCCGACGUGUUGACGCCCGUGGUGCUUGAUCCGUCGGCGGAGAGCGAAUCUUGGGGGACCGCAGCUGCCGCCGCUGCUUCUGCUUCCCCUCUUCCUUCUCCUCCUACUCCUUUGCUUUCUCUUCCUGCUCCGCCUACUAGCGAGAUCUUCGUGGAAGAAAAAUGGACCGACCGGCCAUUGUCGGGGGAUUUGGUACCGGUCGAGGAGUCUCCUCCUUUUGUCCCGGAUCCCAAAUCGGCGUUGCUAUUGAAUUCGGCUGAAAGUAAGGAGGGCGGAUUCUUCCUCGCUUUGCCAAAUGGUACCAUCUAUUUCAUGAAUAAAUCUACAAAACCUCAGUGGAAGCUUUUGAUAGGUCAGCCACUAUCAUAUUCAUGGAGAUCUCCUUCAAAUGAUGAUCCUGAUUAUAUUGUGUUUUCUGAUAGCAAUGGGGAACUUUAUGAAUAUAGCAAGGAUGUUGGCAUAAGGAAACAUAACCGGACAGUGGAGGAAUAUGUCCAGAGAGCACCUGUGGUUGAAGGAUCAGUUAUCACCACUGGGACAAAGACAUCAACUUUUUAUGUUGUCGAUGCUGAUAGUGGGGAGUUAAUUUAUCAUGAUAAUGAGCCUUUUAGUUUGCCAACUGUUGGGGUUCCCAUGUCUAAAGAACAGUCAGUUGCAUCCAAGCUAGAGUCUGGCAAUGCUACUUAUAUUACCAUUAUAAGAACAGAUUAUUUUCUGAAUAGUUAUGAUAUAAAUAAUCAUUUAUGGAGUGUGAUGAUCUCUCGUAUCAGUGCUCAUAAUGUUGGCCCCGGACUGACAAAUACCAUGUAUGAUGAAAUGGAAAUAUCAUCCGUGUCCGGAAGAAAUAUUCCUGUCUACUUUCCUGGAGAGACUGAUCAACUACCUAAACACAAGGCUAUGCUCCCUCCCUCAUUUUCUGAACCAAAUACUGGGAUGUGGUCUGGACAAGACUAUGAGCAAUCUUAUGAAUGCGAAUCAGCCGGUAACUGUUCCUUAGGAAUUGUCACAACUUCCAAUAUGGACCAUGACCAGAUAGUGGAGAGACUAAACGAUGAACAUAUUUCUUUAGGUGGAUCACGAGGCUUGCCUACUUCCCCAAAUGGAUGUCCACUGGGAAAUUGCAUUUCUGCUAGGCCAAAAUUUCCUACGGCAUAUUCUAGUUUUGUAAACUCAAGACAGAGACCUAGAGGUCCCAUCAACUUGCUUUAUCACGAACAAGAGAGUUCUAAUACAUCACAGAACUCAUUGGAUGAUUCAAAUAAUUAUUCAAUCGACGGACAUUCUCAUGUUCAGCAAGGCCGUGGCUUGUCAAUGCAAUCUAUUUAUGGUCAUAGUUGGCUAUUUAUUCUCUCUGUGCCUAUAUUUGCGUUUUGCUAUUUUGGGUUGAGAAAGCUGUUCAAGCAUGAUAAAAAAUAUAAUGAUAUGAAGGAAAAGCAAUCUGUCAUUCCUAAGAAGAGGAAAUCUCGGAAGUCUGGAAACUUGAAAAAUGCUACCAUCAGUGUUAGUCAUGACAGACAUACUUUAUCCAUGAAAGAGAAUGCUGAAACCAAUGGGCAUAAUCAAAUUCAGGUCAAUGGAAGUUAUUCAUUCAUACCUGAUGGUGAUAGUGAUGGGCGUUGGGUUGGAAGACUAUUUGUUACAAAUAUUAAAAUUGGUCACGGGAGCAAUGGUACAGUCGUCUUUGAAGGAUUUUAUGGUGGUCGUCCAGUUGCUGUAAAACGGCUUCUUCGUGCACAUCAUGAUGUUGCCUUUAAAGAGAUUCAGAAUCUUAUUGCAUCUGAUCGACACCCAAAUAUUGUUCGGUGGUAUGGAGUAGAACAAGAUUUGGAUUUUGUGUAUAUCUCACUGGAGCGUUGUAUUUGCAGCCUAAGUGACCUAAUAUGCAUAUGCUCAGAUUCUUCUUCACAUUCAGUAUCUGUGGAAAAUCAAACUUCAAACUCUGUGAUUGAAGACAAAGUUCAAUUAGGCUUGGCAAAAGGUAUCAGAAAGGAUGUUAAUUUGUGGAGAUUAAAUGGGCUUCCUUCAAGGCAACUCUUAAAGAUAAUGAGAGAUGUAGUUUCUGGCCUUGCACAUCUACAUGAACUUGGAAUCAUACACCGGGAUCUAAAGCCUCAAAAUGUGCUAAUAAGCAAUGACAGAUAUCUUAAUGCCAAACUUUCUGAUAUGGGUAUAAGCAAACGCCUACUUGAAGACAUGUCUUCAUUGAGCCGUAAUGCUACUGGAUAUGGUAGCUCUGGUUGGCAAGCACCUGAACAACUUCUUCAUGGGCGUCAAACACGAGCUGUGGAUUUGUUCAGUUUGGGUUGCAUACUAUUCUUUUGUAUUACCAAGGGAAAACAUCCAUUUGGCAAUCAUUUUGAAAGGGAUGCAAACAUUAUUAACAAUCGCAUGGACCUCUUCUUGGUGGAUCAUAUACCAGAAGCUGAACAUUUACUUUGUCAACUGUUACAGCCUGACCCAAAGAUGAGGCUGAAUGCGGUAGAAGUAUUGUGUCACCCUCUUUUUUGGAGUUCUGAGGCACGACUUUCAUUUUUACGAGAUGUAAGCGAUCGAGUUGAAUUAGAAGACAGAGAAAAUGAAUCGGAGCUGCUAAAAUCAUUAGAAAAUACUGCGCCAAAUGCAUUUGGUGGGAAAUGGGAUGAUAAGUUAGAUGUUGCAUUCAUUACAGACAUGGGUCGGUACAGAAAAUAUCGUUUUGAUUCCAUACGUGACCUUCUACGAGUAAUAAGAAAUAAGUUUAAUCAUUACCGGGAACUUCCAAAAGAACUCCAGGAAACUCUUGGACCUGUUCCUCAAGGAUUUGAUAUGUACUUUGCAAGUCGAUUCCCAAAGCUCCUAAUUGAAGUCUACAAAGUGGUUUACCGAUUCUGUAAGGAAGAGGAUUCCCUUAGCAAGUAUUUCCAAUGCAGCCUUUUGUAGAUUCAAAAUGCUUGUUUUGUACUUCUUGGAUGCAAUAACUAAACCCUGGUAUAUUAUCCUAAAAAGGUUGUAUCUAUUAUGUUUAUAAUCCAAAUCCUGCUUAAUUCAUUGCAAAUUGUGAUUCACAUUUGGAAUUGAGAGGUUCAGAAACCUCUGUUCAGUGA